AUGCCGACAUCAAAAGGCGAUGCGGUGUCUGCCACUGAGGCUGAGGCCCAUAGGCAAGGGGCCUCCCGCGCGUCCUUAGGAGGUGCACCUCCCCAGGGGCCCCUAAGUCCUUCUGGGGGCCCUCCAGGGAUAACCCCUACAUUUGUUGAGCUCGUUCGGCUCCUUCCGGGCCCAUUAACGGGUCAGAGGGCUCUUGAGCUAUACGUACAUUCCAAAAUGACCGACCUGGGUUUUUUACCGUGUGAGGACGAUACAACUCUAGCAGGAACAACUUCAACAAAACCAGGGAGCCUCGUGAUGCUACCCGAUGGUCAUAUUGCAAGAGUAAUGUACGCUCCUACGGGAGAGGACAGAGGGGAUGGGUGGAGCUGCACGUUUACCCGACCAGAAUGGCGCGUGUUCGCCCUUGACCAGGGGCAGCAGCAGCUGGUGGCAGGCAAGCGUAUCCGGCUAAGUCUCGGGAGAGUCGGGGGACGUGCUGUGCUAAGGGCUGACCUUAACGCCAACAGCAAUACAGCUGUCCUAUUGGAGUUACCGCACGAUCUGGCAGUAGCAGAUGCAGCUACAGCAGUAGGGAGGAAUUCAGCAAGCACGCGAGACCCCCUAUUGGAGUUCGAUGUGGAAAAGCUCAAGUCUCUUGAAUCCCUCCUGCAUGAGAGAUUAGCGCCACUGCCUCACUGGGGCCCCCUGGCUACCUCCGCUCAGGGAACUCCUAGCGCAAGUGGUGUAUCCAUCUCGAGGGGCGGGGGACCUGGAAGCCUUGUGCCGUCGCGAGCUCCUCCCUCUGCCUACACGGGAGGCCUUCCCUCUGUUGGCUCGGAUGACAUCAGGCCUUCAUUGGAUCCUCGAGGCCUGGAUGGAUCCACAGGGGUCCCUUGGGGUUCGGGAGGGGGCGGUGGUAGCCUGGUGGGCCCUGGCCAUCCAAUCUUCGGAUUAGAGGGGGAUGCAAGCAGGGGGGGCGGUCCGCUCCCACCUGGGGCCCGGUACGAUCCGAUGGGCCCCCUAGGUACAGAGCCUUCCCCAGAUCAUACGCCACUUCUUCCAUAUGAGGGUCCUGGGGGCCCUGGUCCUCGGGGGCACCCCUUUGGCGGGGCCCCACUGGGGCCGUAUGGAAGAGGUCCUCCAACCAACCCUUUUGGAGGAUCGGGUGCAGGCGGGGGAGGAUUUUUUAUGUGA